AUGGCAUCCUCCGAUGAAGCGCUAGUUCCUCUAUCCCAAGGCGUUGGCUAUGGAGUUGUUGUGGGAGUCGGGCUUGCCUUCGGCCUUGGCAUGAUUCUUGUUACACAGUUUCUGAAGAGGUUUUUAGGAGAAAGGUCUGAUCGGUCUGAAAUGUUCAUGGUUGCGAACCGAUCUGUUGGAACUGGCUUAACGGCAUCUGCAGUGGUAUCUUCGUGGAUGUGGGCUACAGCUAUUAUCUGGACGGCUGCACAAGGUUAUUUGUAUGGAAUUGCUGCUCCAUUCUGGUACGCUGCGGGAUGCACCAUCCAGAUCGCCCUGAUGACCGUUCUAGCUAUCCAUGCCAAAGUCAAGAUCCCAAAUGGGCAUACGGCACUGGAGAUUGUUCGCCUCCGAUACGGCUUUGAGGCACAUAUUGUCUACAUUUUCCUCUGCCUUGUCACCAAUCUUUUAUCAGUUACUGCCAUGAUACUGGGCGCAGCAGGAGUCAUCACAGCUCUGACAGGACUACACAUCAUCGCGUCGACCUUCCUUUUACCGAUCGGUGUCAUCGUAUACACUGUUGUUGGCGGGCUAAAAGCAACGUUUCUCACCGACUACGUUCACACUCUGGUCAUCAUGAUUCUUCUUUGUUGGAUAACCAUUGCUGUUAUAAAUAACGAUGCAAUCGCGGGUGUUGGAAGUUUCUACGAUGCCCUCGUGGAGGCUGAUAAGACUACGAACAUUGCUGGGAACUAUCUCGGAUCAAUUUUGACUUUUAAGUCCAAGGGCUCUAUAAUCUUUGGCCUAGUCCACUCGUUUGGUGACUUUGCCCUGGUCAUUAUGGACACGAGCUUUUGGCAAAAGGGUUUUGCCGCCGAUACUGUGGCUGCAAUGCCGGGAUAUAUGCUAGGUGGAAUUGCUUACUUUGCCGUGCCUUGGGCAGUCGGAACAACGGCUGGUUUGGCCGCAAUUGUGCUUGAGAAGAGUCCUCUCUUCCCAACAUACCCGCGUGCAAUUACUAUUGACGAAAUCAACGCGGGUUAUGUCCUGCCAUAUACUGUCAUGUCUGUGGCUGGAAAGGGUGGUGCUUUCGGGCUGUUGCUGGUAGUUUUCAUGGCAGUUACCAGCACCACAAGUGCGCAGCUGAUUGCCGUCUCCAGCAUUGGCUCGUUUGAUAUCUACCGUACCUAUAUCAACCCAAAAGCCACCGACAAACAAGUGAUUCGAGUCUCGCACUGGGUUGUUGUGGGCUUUGGAAUCUUUGCUUCUGCUUUUGCGACGGCACUUCACUAUGGAGGUGUCGACCUUAACUGGAUGGGUUACUUUCUGGCGACUAUCAUCUGCCCUGGCGUGAUUCCAAUGGCGUUGACCAUUCUUUGGAAUAAACAGUCUAAAGCUGCUGCUAUUGUAUCACCCAUUUUGGGACUUGCUUCAGGUAUCGCCGCAUGGCUUGGCUCAGCGUAUGCAUACUACGGCGAGCUGACAAUCUUAACGACCGAAGCUCAGCUGCCUUGUUUAUGGGGAGCAAUAACUUCAACCUUUUCAUCGGGAAUUUAUUCUCUCUUGAUCACGUUCAUCAAGCCCCAAGACUUCGAUUGGCGCGUCUUCCUCCUCUUGACUGAGGUCAAAGAUGGCGCACCUACAUCCGCUGUCAUCGAGGUGGACAACUUGGAUCAAGUGGAGCAUCCCUAUCCGGAGAAGGAGUUGCGUAGAAUGAACCGCGCGAAGACUAUUGCAGCGAUUGCCAGUGUAGUCAUUGGGUUGGUGACCUGGGUUGUUUGGCCGUUGCCACUCUACCGCGACUGGGUCUUCAAGCCAUUUUUCAUGGGCUGGGUUGUUGUGUCCAUCAUAUGGCUGUUUUUCUGCCUCUUCGUAUCCUCCAUUUACCCGGUGUUCGAUGGGCGCAAAGUGCUCGGCUUAGCAUUCAAAUUAGCAUGGCGAGCUCUGCGUGGAAAGGGGCUUCCGGAAGAGAAGGUAACAGAAGAGGAGCGCAGCGAAGAUGAUGGGCAGGUGCUAAGUGAUCAAGAAGCCACGAAGCCUGGGAAACCCCAGUAA